AUGCGUCUGUUCGCUGACGAGGGGCGAGCCAGUUGGCACGCCAACUUGCCAACAAUUAAAACAGCCGCAUGGGAAUUAACUUCACGCGGGCCCAUCUCGGAGAGGCAAAUACUAAUCAGCAGCGAACAGGCCGAUCAAAACUGGCUGCUUCCAGACGACCAAAAGGCUAACACCCCAGCUUCCGCCUCCAUAGCCGCUGCCGCCGCAGCUGCGAUAGCUUCCCUCGAGAAGAAGGCCGCCAAG